AUGGAUUUUAAUAGGAAUAAGCAAAUUAGAGACUCUUUCGCUCCUGCGCCUUCACCUACACCAAGUUACCCUCAAACUUCUUCUGCCGAUUCUCCGCGCAAAACUAGCACUCUAAAACUUGUACUCUACAGCUUGCCUUCUUUGCAGCCAACAGAGCUACCAAACUCAAGCCGUACCCAGGUUUGUAAAUCAGCUGCCAUUCCCUAUAGAGACUUGAGAGUGUUGGAUAACCCAAUCACCGAUGACGAGCCUUCUAUUCUCAUUAGGGAUAGCUGUAUCGUGUAUACUGGUGAAGGUAUCAGAGGUAUCGUUCGAUCUGAUCGUUUACUCAUCAUUAGAGGUGAAAAUGAUGUCGGUAUUGGUCAUAAUCCGGCAACAAUCGAUAUAAUUCAUACCAUCCUUAUCAGUCUUGAGAAUAGACUGUCUACAAAUGAUUUCACUAAACGCACUUAUCCAUUCGAGUUCAACGCUUUAGAGGCACUCCUUAUGCACUCAUUCAGUCUUUUGGAAAAGCGCGUCGCUAGUCUCACCCUUUCAACUGAUACUCUUCUCGAAACACUACGAACAAAAGGUAUCGAGCAUGAUCAAUUGCUAGAUAUGCUCGAUCUUUCCACCGCGGUUGACAAAGCUAACAGAAAGGUACGUGGAAUGCACAAGGCGAUUGAAGAAGUAUUACGUGAAGAGGAAGAUAUGGCUGCAAUGUACUUGACAGCUAAACAUUUUGGAAAACCACGUAAUGAAGGUGAGGAUGAUGAAGUGGAAUUAUUAUUAGAAGCAUAUCUCAAGCAAUCAUCAACACUUUGCUCAGCUGUAUCUGCAUUAACAACUCGCUUGCAAUCAACAAGUCGUCAUGUUGAUUUGGUUAUGGCUGCAACAAGAAAUCGACUACUUCACCUAGAAAUUCAACUUGCAGUAGUCACAGCAGCUUUAGGAUUAGGAUCAUUCUUUACAGGAAUAUUUGGAAUGAACUUAAUGAACCAUUUCGAAGAGCAUUGGAGUGCUUUUUACAUAUUCACGGCAUUUCUCGCGGUAAUAGUAACAUCAACAAUGAAAUAUGGUAUAAACAUAUUAAACCAUACGCGCUGGUCAAGAAUCCAAGCUUCAAAGACAGAAAAUGGUCAAGACAGCGGCUAUCUCAAUGAUCUCGUCAGAAGGAACUUUGUCAGCAAUCAAAAGCACGUAAGAUUAGAGAAUGAUAGUGAUGUAGAGGAAAAAUACUCGUCGAAGCACCUCGUCGCAAUCAAGCGCAUGAAAAAGUCAUUUAAAGACUGGAACGAAUGCGAGAAGCUUAAAGAGUUGAAGUCUUUACUCGCUAUCCCUCAACACCCAAACCUUAUCCCUCUAUAUGACGCCUUCUUACAUCCAUCCACAAAGGAGCUCUACUUUGUCUUCGAAUCCAUGGAAGGUAAUCUAUAUCAACUCACAAAGUCGAGACGUGGAAGACCACUUGCUCAAGGUCUUGUUGCUUCUCUUUUCCGCCAAACUAUCGCCGGUUUAGCCCAUAUACACAGCUCGGGCUAUUUCCAUAGAGAUAUGAAGCCCGAAAACCUUCUUAUUACCACUACUGGUUUGACAGAUUACCCUUCGCUGUCAAAUAGCGUCGAGAGAGACGUAACCGUCAUCGUUAAGCUUGCUGAUUUUGGUUUAGCUAGGGAGUCUAACAGCAAGCCUCCCUACACUGAGUAUGUUAGUACUCGUUGGUACAGAGCUCCUGAAGUUCUUCUUCGUUCAAAAGGCUACGGUGCUCCUGUUGAUCUUUGGGCUUUAGGUACUAUUUUAGCUGAAAUUGUUAACCUAAAACCCCUUUUUCCCGGUCAGAGUGAGAUCGAUCAGAUUUACAAAAUCUGUCAUAUCCUAGGAAGCCCUGCGCCUCAUACCAUAGCCCAUCCCAACACCAACCAACCAAUUGGGGGUGGCGAUUGGCAGCAGGGUUUGAAGUUGGCUUCGUCAAUUGGUUUCCAAUUUCCUAAGUUACCCGUUCAGCCACUCGAUAAUUACUUUGAUACACAAAGAGUCCCUCACCAAUUCAUCAUACUCAUCCAAGACCUUCUGCGUUUUGAUCCAAAGAAUAGAAUAGACAGUAUGGGCUGCUUCGAGUCGGCCUAUUACAAUGAAGUAUGCAAUAGAGUCGAUGCUACCCAUCCGCAGUAUAUUAGACACCAACACCAACGGAAAGCACCUCCGCCACUUCUUAUUCAACACCAACCUUACAUCCCACAACCCAGCAAUUUACCGCCUUUGUCUGCUGAGCUAACAAUUGCAUCACCCUCAUAUAGCCAUAGCAGUGCAGCUACUUCGAAUCAUGGAAAAUCUUCAUUUUGCUCAGAUCCCUCACACAAGAGAUACGACUCGUUUGCGAGCUCAUCAACCAACAACAGUAAUCAAUUACAUGUCAAUAAUAGCAAAUACAGCUUGGAUGAGGAACCAAGCUACGAUACGAACUCAUCUAAUGCAACUACACGUGAAAAUGCCUUACCUAAUUCAAUAUCAGCUGCUAGUUUGGAUAGCACCCUUAAUUUGAAUAAUGAAUCGAGGUCACAAGCGCAUGGCAAGUCAUCCUCGUUUGAAAGUGUGCAGUCUAGUACAUAUCCCAGUAUGCACCAGAAACCUAACAAAGCAUCAAGAUGGCUUGGUAUUUUCCCUGGCAGCCAUGGUGAUUCGAGCAGUACACAACAAGUAGCAGAUCUACUUAACCCCAAAGACGCCAAGAAGGCAGCCAAGGAAGCGGAGAAGAAAAAACGCGAGGAGAUGCACAGUAUCCACCGUGAGCGAGCACGCGCCGUUCUCACCAAACAGAAGACGAAUGGGAAAGAUGUUAUUAACGACACUCUCACGAAUGUACAUCCGCAGCAAGCUUCACAAUCUUCGUCUGCAUCUCAGUCGAGAAGGCCGUCCUAUAUGACAACGAACAUAACAAAUUCAACAAACACGAUGCACACUAAACAAAACCACAACACUCACAACCAGAAUGUCAACAUGCAUUUACCAAGAUCACCCAAGCAUCUUGAUCGAUUGUCUUCACCCUUGUCACCACCCAUGCCCUUACCCACGUCACGCUCACGCAGUGGCAGCAGAUCACAUUCAGAGACUGGGUUCAAAAUUUCGGAAGACCUCACAUUGGCACGGAGCAAAGCGAGGCGGCGAAAUGUGGAUGACGAUCACUCAAUGUCAUCUUACUCGUCGCUUCACCUCGAUGCUGACCAGAGAAGCUCGCUUAGUCUCAGUAGACUAUCAUUUGCCACGGAACACAGCGACCCCGGACCAAAUGCUACGCAGAGUGGCUUACGGCGCCAGCCGUCGCAGCUGUCAGCACGGACGACACAAUCUUCGCCACACCUCUCGCACCAUCUUUACUCUCCACAACAAUCACAAUCACAAUCAUCGCAGGCAAACGAUUUAGCUGAAAGAAUAGACAAAACUGACUUGAAUAUUUCCCACUCUCAUUCUAUACCUGAUCAACACAUCAAUCCAAUCUUCAAGCUACCGCCGUUCUCUCAUAUCUCUGAACAGGCGGACAAGGGCAGGGAAGACGUCGGGUAG